AUGGAAGGGAGAGUUUGUGAAGACCAAGCAGACAAGCCUUGGAAGCAUGGUCUCGUCACCUUUGCGGCCUUCCUUUUAUUUGGGAGUGCUCCUCUUCUCUCUUUCAUCGUCCUUAUCCCUUUCACCCACAGCGACACCCUCAAGUUUGUGGGUGCAUGUGUCCUUACUGCAGUCGCACUCGCGCUGCUCAGCCUAGCGAAGGCCAAGAUUGCAGGCCAGAAUUAUGCAUUUUCUAUGGUUGUUACUCUCUUCAAUGGCGCCAUUGCUGCAGCUGCUGCAUACUCCCUGGGCUGGCUCCCUGCUCACCAAUGUGCCGGCCUGGAGUAA